CGAGAAUAGAGCCCGGCAUAGUGAUUGCCGAGAUGGAUAUGGUCGUGAAAAAGUUUGUCAAAUAAACAAUGGGCUUGGCGUGCGAAAACUUUCCACUUUAGUGUUUAUGACUGUAGUGGCACCAGUGUAGGAAUAUGUAGGGGCAGGUGGGGCAGUAGUGAUGAUAACGUUGUUUUAAGAUUUAUUUAAACACUUUUUCGAUAGAAUAUUCAUUUAAUUAAGUGUAUAAAGGUGAACAUUUUUAAUAAAUAUGUUGUGAAACACACAUGUGCUUUUGGCAAUUGCACUUCAAAAACAUGUGUACCUGCUGGCAGUGAUUCUGUUGAACUAACCUGAAAACCCCAAUCGAAAUAUCGGUAGAAAAAUGAAGUCUGGAAAUACAGUGGAACACAGGGGGUCUGUUCUUUUCACUCCAGAAGAGAACGAGCAAAUUUUUCGAUUAAUUGGAAAUCGCUGCUUGUGUUUAGGAGCAGGAAUAAUUCAGCUAUAUCUCACAGAACCUCCGUCACAUAACGAAUGGUUAAAACGAAACACCGGUGUAAUAACAUUGAUAAGGGACAACCCAAAAAGAAGUUUUUUCUUAAGGCUAUACUGUCCGCAGAAAAAAGCUAUGCUUUGGGAACACGAAGUAUACAAUGCUAUAGAUUAUAAGGCCCCAACAUCUUACUUUCACACAUUCGAAGGAGAAGAUUGCAUGAUGGCGUUUAAUUUUGCAAGUGAUUUCGACGCAAAUUUUUUGAGAAACUCACUUGUUGGAAUUCUCGAAGCAAAGCGACAAAAAAAGCAAAAACGUGCAUCGAGAACGACAGAUAAUAUGGGGAACACUAAAAGGGAGUUCCCAAUCGGAUUAACAUCGCCAUCAACAGGCAAUUUGUUGAACGGGUCACGUUCGUCUGUAGGUGUCAAUAGAAGUGUUUCAAGUAGUUCGGUGUUCGAAAUAAAAAAGAAACAUAGAGAGAAGGACAUGAAACGAAAAUUGAGGAAAGAAGAUAUUGGUCUUCCUCACAAUUUUAGACAUGUGACUCAUGUAGGCUGCAAUGCCGAUAGUAAACAUUUGGAGCUCGAGUCGAUCGAUCCACAGCUUAAAGAAGUUUUUAAUACUGCAGGUGUGUCGGACAAUCAAUUAAAGAAUCCAGAAAUGAGAGAGUUUAUUUACGACUUUAUCGACAACCACGGAGGAGUUCAAGCUUUUUUGAAAGAGAGCGCACUGCUAAAUGUCCAGAGAAGUAAUUCCAAAGAUUCCAAACCACAAAGCACCUUGGAACCACCGCCACCGGUACCACCUAGAACCACUUCUUCUAUAGUGACUCCUUCGGCAAACAACAGCCAAACGCGAACUGCGCCUCCAUUACCACCAUCGAGAGCGAACCCUGCUGCUGCAGCAAGUGUUCCGCUGGUGCACCGAACAGCUCCAACACGCCCACCACCACCCACGAAUUCCCCUGUAGUAUCUCAACCAUCUCAGCCUCCUCCGCCUCCUCCACCACCCACUUCCCAAGGUGCUCCGGCUUUGUCAAUUCCACCGCCUCCUCCAUUACCCAGUCUUGCUGACUUUGAUGGUGAAAGCAUAAUGACAAACGACAACUGUCCGAGAAACCCAAGUAAUGGCAACGGCCCUGGUAUAGAAAAGAAAAACAACAUUCAAACUGAAGAUCAUAGGACUAUGCUUAUGGACGCUAUCAGAAGUGGAACUACGCUCAAGAAAGUCAAGAAGGAUGAGGUGAAACCAAAGCCAUCGGCAGACACGAGGAAUGAUCUUCUUUCUCAAAUACGUCAAGGAGUUGAAUUGAAGCCCGUUUCAAACGAACAGAAACGGGUAUCGGCACCUAUACCUCAAGAUGGUCUGAUUGGUGCGCUUUCGAGAGCUUUAGAAGAAAGAUCGCGAGCGAUGAUACACAGUGAUACAGAGGACUCGUUCACAGAUUCCAGCGAGGAAGAUGAUUGGGAUGACUGAGAUAUUUUACCAUUUGAAAGCACAUUAGAAUCCUUUAUAGGCUUCCAUUUAGUCAAGAGUGAGGGCUAUUUAAUUAAAUUAUAACAUAAAUCAAUGUAUUCUUUUAAAUAAAUUUAACCAUUAAUUUUGACACAAUAUGGAGAAACUAAUGACAACGUAUGGAUGCUGCACAAUAUUGUUGAAAAGUUUGUAAGUAGCUAACUAGUGAUAAUACUAAAUGCAAUGAGAAAAUUUUUUCAAAGAGAGUUGAUAAAUCAUGUGUAACGAAACUUAUGAAAACAUGUUCAUAGUAAAAGUCUCUAAUAAACUGUUUAAACUUAGAUCUGGGUCACGUUAAA